AUGAAUACGGAACGCCUGCCAUAUCCCUCACCGGAAAACCAUCCGCCGGAGCUGCCCUCCGCGAAUAUGGUGCGAAUGUGGGCACACUCUCCUGCAACCCUUCGUCCGGGGAUGGCUCUCGGAACCGCAUGUAUUAGCUCGUUGUCUAUUCCUGUGAAUCUGCGAGAGAUCCUCUCACUCUUUUGUGGUGUUAAAUUUGAAUGCCAGUAUAUCUGGGUACGACACAUCAAUGACGCCAAAAAAGCGGGUGUCACCGCAAGCCAAAUUGACGCUCUCCAAAACCGUGAUCUUCAGAAUCCCGAAGCGUGGGAUGAGAGAGACAUUGCUUUCCUCGCCUUUCUUGAUGAAGUUAUUGAUUCUCCAGUGGCGCGGGAUGAAAGUUUCCUUGAAGCAAGCAAAUGGUUUGACGAGAGGCAGUUAGUGGAGAUAAUUAUAGCUCAAGGGUUCUAUUACAUGUGGGCGCGCCUUUCUACAACAUUACGAGUGACUAUUGAUCCGGAGGUUUCUGGCGAUUAUGAAAAGGUUAAGGAAUGGGCUAGUCAAGGUUGA